CCUGCGCCCGCCUGCACGCCAACGACGCGGCACGCCAGCACCGGCCGCAAGUCGUCGUCGCGUUGCAUUAUUUUUACAUGUCCAUCCAGCACCCCCCACCCAGAUCCCAGCGCGGCCAAUGGCGCUCGAGUCAACUGCCCCGCCACAAACCCAGCCUCCCCCGGCCCGCCAUGCCUUCGUCGCGCACGCCUCCGCCUCCCCCAUCGCCGCGCGCCCGGUGCCAAUGCCAUGAGCCCGCCGAUCCACGGGCGCACCGAUGCCGACGCGUCCCCCACCCUCACUCGCCGCCGUCCUGCUCUUCCUCCUCGGCGCCGCCACGCUCCGAGCGCGCGGCGGCAAGAUCGCCACGGAGGUGCUCGCCCCGGACUUCUCUGCGUCGUACCUGCUCUUCAUCGACACCUUCGGCGUGUUCCUCGCGUCCCGGAGCGGCGCGUUCCAGGCCGUGGUGUACAACCCGGAGGGGCAGCAGGAGCGGUUCUACCUCGCCGUGCUCCACGCCCCGUCCAAGACCUGCGUCUGGGUCGCCAACCGCGCCGCGCCCCUCACCGACCGCGCCGCGCAGCUACAGCUCACCGCGCGGGGGCUCUCCGCCGAGGACCAGAACGGCACGGCCAUCUGGUCCACGCCGCCGUUCGGGGAGCCCGUGGCCGCGCUCCGCCUCGACGACCGCGGCAACCUCGCGCUGCUCGACGCGAGGAACGCCACGAUAUGGCAAUCGUUCGACCGCCCCACGGACACCAUCGUGUCCUCGCAGAGGCUCCCCGCCGGGGCGUUCCUGGCCUCCGCCGCGUCGGACUCCGACUACUCGGAGGGGGACUACCGGCUCAACGUGACGGCGAACGACGCGGUGCUCACGUGGAUGGGCUCCAUGUACUGGCGGCUCUCCAAUGACGCCAGCUCGACCAUGGACAGGGGCGGCACCGUCGCGUACAUGGCCGUCAACGGCACCGGGCUGUACCUUCUCUCGGCGGACGGCGGGGUCAUCAUCCAGGUCUCCUUGCCGGCCGCGGAGCUGCGAAUUCUCAAGCUUGGCUACGAUGGGAAGCUGCAGAUCUCAAGCUUCGCGUCGGUGAACUCAUCGAGGACGCCCAUGGACGGCGGGUUCGCUGCGCCGAGCGACGGGUGCGCUCUGCCACUCUCAUGUGGCGCGCUCGGGCUCUGCACGCCCAAGGGCUGCACGUGCCCUCCCCUGUUCGCGGCGUCGCACGACGGCGGGUGCACGCCGUCCGACGGCUCCACCCCGCUGUCCGUCUCCUCAUGCGGCGGCGGCGCCGGUAAUGCUAGCAGCUUGCCGGUCUCGUAUGCCAGCCUUGGCAAUGGCAUCGCUUACUACGCCAACACACUCGCGCCGCCGACCGUGGCCGGCGACACCAUCUCUUCAUGCCAGGCUCUCUGCACCAGCAACUGCUCCUGCCUCGGUUACUUCUACGACGACUCCUCGUUGUCAUGCUACCUGGUGCAGCACCAGCUCGGCUCCUUCAUGAGCGCCAACUCCACCAAUGGCUCCGACGAGGUCGGCUACAUCAAGGUCCAGAGCUCGCAGCAGUCGAGGUCAUCGGACAGUUCUUCAAACGGAAACCUCAUCGCCAUCCUGCUCCCCACAGUCGUCGCGUUUGUGCUCAUCGUCGUCGUCAGCGCCAUCGUAAUCACGUCCUGGCGUAGACAAGGGCGGCGCUCAUCGCGUUCCAGGGACCUGCAGCUCCGGCGGCAGCGCUCGCCAUCGGAUUCAGCGCACCUCGCGCGGGAUGUUGACGACGACAUCGUCAUCCCUGGCCUCCCCACCAGGUUCACGCACGACGAGAUCGAGGACAUGACCAACGGCUUCCGCGUCAAGAUCGGCGCCGGUGGGUUCGGCGCCGUGUACAAAGGCGAGCUCCCGGACGGGUCGCAGGUGGCCGUGAAGAAGAUCGAGGGCGUCGGGAUGCAGGGCAAGCGCGAGUUCUGCACCGAGAUCGCCGUCAUCGUCAACAUCCACCACAUCAACCUCGUCCGCCUCCGCGGCUUCUGCACGAAGGGCCAGCGCCGCCUCCUGGUGUACGAGUACAUGAACCGCGGGUCCCUGGACCGGUCGCUGUUCCGGCCGGCCGGGCAUCCGCUGGAGUGGAAGGAGCGGAUGGAGGUCGCCGUCGGGGCGGCGAGGGGGCUGGCGUACCUCCACUUCGACUGCGACCAGAGGAUCAUCCACUGCGACGUGAAGCCGGAGAACAUCCUGCUCGCCGACGGCGGGCAGGUGAAGAUGGCCGACUUCGGGCUCGCCAAGUUCCUCACGCCGGAGCAGUCAGGCCUGUUCACGACGAUGCGGGGCACGCGCGGGUACCUCGCGCCGGAGUGGCUCAGCAACGCGGCCAUCACCGACCGCACCGACGUGUACAGCUUCGGGAUGGUGCUGCUGGAGCUGGUGCGCGGCCGCAAGAACCGCAGCGAGCACGUAAGCGACGCCGGCGGCGAGGGCUCCAGCUCCUCGAACGGGACGACGACGGGCAGCUCGUCGCGCGGCGCGAGGAGCGACUACUUCCCGCUCGCCGCGCUGGAGGGGCACGAGGCCGGGCAGUACGCGGAGCUGGCCGACCCGCGGCUGCAGGGGCGGGUGGUGGCCGAGGAGGUGGAGAGGGUGGUGAAGGUGGCGCUGUGCUGCCUCCACCAGGACCCGCACCUGCGGCCGAGCAUGGCGGUCGUGGCCGGCAUGCUCGAGGGCACCAUGGAGCUCUGGGAGCCGCGGGCGCACUCGCUUGGGUUCCUCCGGCUGUACGGCCGGGGGCUCUCCGGGCCGGUGGACGGCGGAGGCAGCGACAUGAAUCUCAAGCAUAUGGCAUCCCCCGGGGACCGAUCCGGGACGACGACGUUGACGACGGUGAGCGCAUGGCCGUCGUACAUGUCGUCGGCUCAGCUCUCCGGGCCGAGAUAGCCAAGAAUUGGCGCGAAAUUGUUCCUAGCGUUAGAGUGUACGGACGAAUCUAUUCUUGAUUUUGCUCCUUGGUACUAGUCUAUUAGUAGAACAGAGGAAUUCAUCUGUGUACGUA